UGAUAUCAAUUCUCUCCAACAAUUAAAGUUUAGCUUAUUUUGGUGCCAAGAUAUAUAGCUUGAGAAAAGAGAGAUUAAAUACACAACUUUCUUUUCAAAGAUAAAUCUGAUUAAUACAUUACCUUAAUUACCCUAAGCCUUGUUUCAGCACAAGUGGUGAAUUUAAAGAGCCAGAAUUCAGUAAAUUAUUAGUUCUCUCCAUAGAAGCGCGUAUCUGUAUACAGCUUCCUAGAUAAAAAUUUUCGGAGGGGAGAGAGACGCCAUGGGAAUGGGAUUUUCAAGACUGCUUCCUUUUUUUAAUUUGGUUCUCCUAUUUCUUGCUACUCUCACCCUUGGGGCCUAUCCAUACUUCCAGUCUCGUUGCGUAGACUCAGCUGGUAACUACACCGCAAACAGCACUUACGAGGCCAACCUCGACAGCAUCUUCUCUCAAGUCACCUCUCUAACAGAAUUCAAUUAUGGGUUCUAUAAUCUGUCUGCUGGUGAAAACCCCAACAAAGUCAAUGCGAUUGCACUUUGCAGGGGGGAUAGAACCCAAGAUGUUUGUAACAGUUGCCUUAAUGACACAGUAUCUGAGCUCAGGCAGCGUUGUCCCUUAGCGAAGGAGGUGGUUGGGUGGUCUGAAUUUUGUAUGCUGCGCUACGCCAACCGAGACAUCCUUGGAGAAAUGGAAAUCUCUCCUGGCUCUUGUCUACUCUACGCAGUGAACGUAAAGAAUCCUAAUCAGUUCAAUCAGGCAUUGAGUGAUCUGUUGAAUAAUUUGAGCAGUCGAGCCGCAGCUGCAGGUCCUCUUCGCAAGUAUGCGGCAGAUAUCUCAAAGGUGGGCCCUUUUCAAACAAUAUAUGCUUUGGUACAGUGCACUCCUGAUUUGUCCGAGGAAGAAUGUGGCCAGUGUCUGAAUGUGGCUAAGGAUGAGAUUGGAAGUUGCUGCUUGGGGACGAUGGGAUGCAGGGUUCUUAGACCAAGCUGUUUUUUGAGAUAUGAGUCUAACCCAUUUUUUCAGACUCCAGUUCCUCUACCGUCACCUCCACCAUCCCCAACUUCUUCUCCACCUCCCUCUACAGGAGAAAAGGGCAAUAACUCAAUUCGGACUGUCAUCAAUUUUGUUGCUUCAGUUGUUGGAAUUGUGAUCCUAAUAAUCAUCUCCAUCUGCAUCUUUCUGAGAGCCAGAAAGACCCGGAAAAAAGUUGAAAAUCAAGUCAAGCGUGUACAUUUAGAUUGGAAAAUGCGCUAUAGAAUCAUAGGAGGCAUUGCUCGCGGACUCCUUUACCUUCAUGAAGAUUCUCGAUUGAGAAUAAUCCAUCGUGAUCUUAAAGCAAGUAAUGUUUUAUUAGAUGCGGAGAUGAUUCCUAAAAUUGCAGAUUUUGGAAUGGCAAGAUUGUUUGUACAAGAUGAAACACAUGGCAAUACCAGCAAAAUCGUGGGGACCUAUGGAUAUAUGGCACCAGAGUAUGCUAUGCAUGGGCAAUUCUCAAUUAAGUCAGAUGUAUUCAGUUUUGGUGUGAUAAUUUUAGAAAUUGUAAGUGGUCAAAAAAAUAAUUACUUUCGAAACGAAAAGAGUGUGAAAGACCUAUUGAGCUAUGUCUGGACAAAUUGGAGGGAAGGGACAGCACUGAAUCUCAUUGAUCCAACUUUGAGGGAUGGUUCGAGAAAUGAAAUACUGAGAUGCAUACACAUUGGAUUAUUAUGUGUUCAAGAAAACGUAGCUAACAGGCCAACCAUGGCUACAGUUGUUCUGAUGCUGAAUAGCUUCUCAAUCUCCCUCCCAAUGCCCUCCCAACCAGCAUAUUUUAUGGACAGCAACAUUGAUUCUGACAUGUCAUCCUCGCGGGGUUUUAAUUCUCGGGUAUCAGAGUCAGAGCAAUCCAAAAGUGAAUCAAUCCCUCAAUCCCAGAACGAAGUAAAAUUUUUCAAAGGGGAGAGAUACACAACGGAAAUGAGAGCGUCAGGAUUGCUUCUCUUUUUCUAUCCGGCUCUCCUAUUCCUUGCUAUAUUCACCCUUGCAGCCGAUCCAUACUUCCAGUCUCGUUGCGUAAACUCAGCGGGUAACUACGCCGCAAACAGCACUUACCAGGCCAACCUCAACAGCAUCUUCUCUCAAGUCACCUCUCUAACAGAAUUCAAUUAUGGGUUCUAUAAUCUGUCAGCUGGUCAAAACCCCAAUAAUGUCAAUGCGAUUGCACUUUGCAGGGGGGAUAGAAACCAAGAUGAUUGCAACAGUUGCCUUAAUGACACCGUAUCUGAGCUCAGGCAGCGAUGUCCCUUAUACAAGGAGGUGGUUGGAUGGUCUGAAUAUUGUAUGUUGCGCUACGCCAACCGAGACAUCCUUGGAGAAAUGGAAUACUUCCCUGAGGCUUGUCUAUACAACACACAGGACGUAACGAAUGCUGAUCAGUUCAAUCAGGCAUUGGAUAACUUGUUGAAUAAGUUGAGCAGUCGAGCCGCAGCUGCGGGUCCUCUUCGCAAGUAUGCAGCAGAUAACUCAACGGUGGGCGUUCUUCAAACAGUAUAUGCUAUGGUACAGUGCACCCCUGAUUUGUCGGAGCAAGAAUGCGGCGAGUGUCUAAGUGUGGCCAAGAACGGGAUUGGAAGUUGCUGCUUGGGGAAGAGGGGAUGCAGGGUUCUUAGACCAAGCUGUUUCUUGAGAUUUGAGUCUAGCCCAUUUUAUCAGACUCCAGUUCCUCUACCGUCACCUCCGCCAUCCCCAACUUCCCCUCCACCUCCCUCUACAGGAGGAAAGGGCAAUAACACGACCUGGAUUAUCAUCAUUGUUGUUGCUUCAGUUGUUGGUGUUGUGAUGCUAAUAACCUCCGUCUGCAUCUUUCUUGGAGCCAGAAAGAACUGGGAAAAAAUUGAAACUGUUGCUGAGAUUAUUUGGGUUGAGUCCUUGCAAUUUGACUUUGCCACUGUUCGGGUUGCAACUAGUAACUUUGCAGAUGCAAAUAAGCUUGGUCAAGGUGGAUUUGGAGCUGUUUACAAGGGUCUGCUUUCAAAUGGACAAGAGAUUGCUGUGAAAAGAUUAUCUACCGAUUCUAAACAAGGUGAGGUAGAAUUUAAAAAUGAGGUCCUGCUGAUGGCCAAGCUUCACCACCGCAAUUUAGUUAGGCUCCUUGGUUUCUGCCUGGAAGGACGUGAAAGACUUCUCAUCUAUGAGUUUGUGCCAAACACAAGCCUUGAUCAUUUCAUUUUUGAUCAAGUCAAGCGCAUACAGUUAAAUUGGGAAAGGCGCUACAAAAUCAUAGAAGGCAUUGCUCGGGGGCUCCUUUACCUUCAUGAAGAUUCUCGCUUGAAAAUAAUUCACCGUGAUCUUAAAACAAGCAAUGUUUUGUUAGAUGCAGACAUGACUCCUAAAAUUGCAGAUUUUGGAAUGGCGAAAUUGUUUGCACAUGAUGAAACACGAGGCAAUACCAGCAGAGUCGUGGGGACCUAUGGAUAUAUGGCACCAGAAUAUAUUAUGCACGGUCAAUUUUCAAUUAAGUCAGACGUAUUCAGUUUUGGUGUAAUAAUUUUAGAAAUUAUAAGUGGUCAGAAAACUAAUUACUUUCAUAACGGGGAAAGUGUGAAGGACCUGGUGAGCUGGGCUUGGAAAAAUUGGAGGGAAGGGACAGCGUUGAAUCUCAUUGACCCAACUUUGAGGGAUGGUUGGAGAAAUGAGAUGCUGAGAUGCAUUCACAUUGGAUUAUUAUGUGUUCAAGAAAACGUAGCUGACAGGCCAACCAUGGCUACAGUUGUUUUGAUGCUUAAUAGCUUCUCAAUCUCCCUCCCACUGCCCUUAAUGCACAGCGACAUUGAAUCUGACAUGUCAUCCCCGUCGAAAUAUUAUUCCCAUGUCUCAGAGUCCAAGCAAUCGAAAAGUGAAACAAUCCCUCUAUUGGAAGAACGAGGUUUCAAUUACUAGAAACUAUAUCCUAAAGGCUUCAGAGUUGUCUUAAAUUCUAUAACUUUUCUAUUAAAACUUGCAUUUUAAUAAAUAAGGAUAAUUUUAAAAAUUAACAUUAAAUUUUCAGUAAAGUACUUGUAAACCAAACGUUAUAAUGUUAUCUUUCUUGCAUAUUAAUCAUCAUUUUACUUGUAUAUCAAACACUGUAAUAUUAUUUUUCAUACAAUCAUAUUACUUGUAAUCACAUUAUUUACAAUUGUAUUACAUUAUAAAGUACCAAA